AUGUCUAAUCUACAGCAAGAAUAUACAUUUACUGAAUGUUAUAAAGAGCCUUUAUUCACGUAUUCAACAAAAACCACAGUCACAAUGAAUUGCCAUCAGUCAAUUGAAGAGGAUAGUAACGAAGAGUGUAUCAUGUUUAAUGCUGAUAAUACAUCUUACUUGACACCUCAAACAGUUCAGUUUGAUCAUCGAUUAAACUCGAAUCAAAAUGAUGAAGAAGUUAGAGAUCUUGUGAUCCAUAAAUCUCCGUCUGGAAUAAUAUCACUUGGUCGACCUACAACCCUGCCAACUACUUUAAUGGUAUCACAGAGGAAGUUCAUUAUAGAUUUAUUGUCCAGUCGCAGUAACAGCAAUAAAUCAAUUAAUGUUUCCAUUAAUGCAUUGAGGGAGAAUCACAUGGCUCACAUACAAAAGAAGAGGAACCGGGAAAUGGGAAAUGACGCAUUGAGUCUUGUUUUGUCAGCACUUUAUGCUAAAUUCAUAUUCGUCCUUGGCAUUGCAUUUCCAAUAACAGGCAUAGUGGCUGAUAAGGCACCAACGACUUUUUAUCAGGGAUUUUAUCUCUUUCUGUAUACAGUAAGCGUGCUGUUUGUCAUCUUUGUCUAUUCGACACAUCUUAAGAAUCGUCAAGUAUUCUCAAUGAUUGAUCAUUAUGAGGAACGGACUGGAGAUACGAAAUUGAGCACCAAGAAGCGAAUUAUACGUUAUGGAAGCUUCUAUUUAAGAGUUGGUGCCAUUGCAUUUGGAAUAGGCUCAAUGGUUUAUUCCGGAUUGGAAUUUGGCCAAUAUUUUGAACUUAAAGAGGAUGACAGAUGCCAAAAUAUUUUAAUUGCUGUCAAUCCAGCCGCACGAAUGCUUCUAACUAUCGUUCAGAUGCAAUUUAUAUUCUUGAAUACUAAAGAACUUAAUAUGACGCGUUACAAGGUCAUUUCUCGUUUUGGAUUGAUGCAUCUUGUUGCCACAAAUUUAUGUGAAUGGAUUUACGUUCUCGUCGAAGAGACUAAGCAUGAAAUUGAGAAUUUUGUGCAUCAACAUAGCAUCAAUAAUACGUCAUCACAUCUCAUCCAUAAACGUGCGACAUCAAGCUCAAUAUUCGUUGAGUGUAAAAGAACUAACAUUAUGGGACGUUUGGUGCAAAAAGCAGCACCAUUCCUCUUUCCAUGUACAAUUGAGUACUCAUUAAUUUGUGCUGUAAUUUUAUAUGAAAUGUGGAAGAAGAUUAAAAUGAGAGAUCCAUCGACGCGUGAACAUCAAGACUCAAUAAUGGGUCAUCAUAGACAUAAAGAUGUACGUCAAUUAUCGGUUGAUUGCUCAAAAGCACAUCGUGGCAUGUUUGCAGGCAUUUUGGUUAUUGUGUUAACAAUAAUUUCACUUAUAAUGUUUUAUGUGCUUAAGGAAGAGAAGCUUUAUAAAGCAACGGCUGUAGUCGAAGUGACAUAUUGUGAAAUUUUAUUAUAUUCUCUUACUUCCAUUGCUGUUCUUUUGGCUAUGCGACAAAUGCGUGACAUGAAAUUCUCAAAGUUGUAUGUGUCUGGAAUUGGAUUAGACUGCACAUUACUAGUACUUGCACAAAGCGGUGUCUACAUAUACUCAAUGUUUAGUCUACUCGCCCUUUUUUUCACACUUCAAGACAAUCCCAGCAACAUGUCAGGAUUAAUGACCGAAUCAUUAUCUCUCAUUCAGACAACAAUUCAAACAAUUUUCAUACUCAAUGCGUGGUGGCGUCGCACAAAAGGAAUUAAACAAAAUCGGACCAAACCUGGUCGUGAGAUUAUUACAUUUUUAAUAGUCGCAAACAUGGCAAUUUGGUUCAUUAACUGCCUUAUCAAAAAUCGCGCAAGUUUUCGUCCCACACAUCUCAGCUUUUUUGGCGAAUGGAGUUGGACAAUAAUUACACACACUUCAAUGCCGUUAGCUAUUUUCUAUAGAUUCCACUCGACUAUUUGUCUUUUUGAAAUAUGGAAGACUUCAUACAAGCUUAAAGAGGAUCUCGAAGAUAAGAACCAAAUGCAACAUUAG